AUGAGCUGGCGGUACCUCUUCUACAGACCACGUAGUAUUUACCAGUCGAUCGCAUUGUUUGCCACAGUGCAAUUUCUGACCGCAUGCAACGGCUUCUGGUAUCACAACGGCAGGUUAACGUUCAACCGCUGGACUAUACUGUACACCAUCGCCACGCCCAUCGUCAUAUUGCUCGCUCUGCUGCUUGGCCUUUAUCAACUGCUUAGUGAUCCAAUUCAACGUGAGCGUAUCGAAAUGAUGGACCAGCUGAAGCUAACCAUCUGCGCUGUGGAAUUGCUUAUGACUCCGCUGAACCUCGUGCUCGUCAUGUGUCUGAUGCUAUGGAAGGUGUGCAGCCACAUUGCACUCUACGAUCGCAUAGAUGUAUUGGACCAGCAGCUGGUGCGGGAGUUCGGUGUGUGUUUGAACUACCACAAGCUGUUGCACAAGAAUCUCAUUAAGGCGCUCAUUUUACCAGCAGUCCACUACUCAGCCGUUACUUGGACCAUAGUGCAUGAGGUUCCGGAUAAUGUGCUGCAGGCUUGCGGUUUUGUGUUUCUAUAUUUGUUCAGCAUUAGCGGUCCGAAUUGGACUUGCUACAUGCAUGCGGGUUUCGCCGAAACGCUAAGUAUCCGCUUUCGUCUGCUGCAGAUACUGCUCAACGCCGACUUUUUGUUGGCGAAUUUUCCAGAGCUGCGUAUAUGUGAGGCACGUCUGCAGUGUCUCGUUGGCAUGGUGCGCAGUUUUCAUGAAAUCAUAGACGACAUCAAUGGCGUGUACCGCGCCACUCUGGUGGCGGUCCUAAUGCACGAUUUCACGUUGGUCACCAAUAUACUGUACAUGCUGUUCGGGCAUUCGAUCGGCAAAGGCGAUGUGGGUAUAUUCUUCGCAUACGGCGCGAUGUGGCUGAUAGUGCCGCUGCACAAAUUCAUCACUACGCCCAUCUACUGCAGCAUGGCGGUGGAAGAGGGCAAACGCUGCUUGCGUCUAAUUGAAAAAAUCGACAUUUGGUUCCCCAACUUCAAGUCAGCCAAACGAAUUGUGGCCGCCACAAUGCACUGGCGCCUGGAAAAUAAAAUUGAAUUCACUUGCGGUUUCAAUAUGAUCUUCAAUAGAACCAUCAUCGCAACGAUAACGGCAGUCGUCUUCAAUUAUCUGCUAAUACUCAUACAGUUCCGCAUGACCCAAUUAAUGGGUCAACAAAUUGAGGAGCAGAAGAACGUAUUGCACGAUUGGGUUGGCGACCUUUAA